AUGACGGAAACCACAUUGCUCAAGAAGAAACUGGAAGGCAAACUUGCCAUAGUCACAGGCGGUGCUAGUGGCAUCGGGGAGGCGACUGCACAUCUUUUUGCCAAGCAUGGCACGCGUAUGGUGGUCAUCGCUGAUAUCCAAGAAGAACUAGGCCAUCAAGUUGCCAAAUCAAUUGGUUUGAACCAUUCUAUAUUCAUACGUUGUGACGUUACUGAUGAAGAACAGGUCAAAGCCAUGGUAGAAUGGACGGUCAAGAAUUAUGGGCAACUUGACAUCAUGUUUAGUAAUGCAGGGAUUCUUAAUAAGUCAGAUCAGACCGUACUUAACCUAGACUUGUUGGCCUUUGAUCACCUAUUUGCGAUCAAUGUACGUGCCAUGGCUGUAUGUGUAAAGCAUGCAGCACGUGCUAUGCUUGAAGGGCAUGUGAGAGGGAGCAUUGUGGGCACUGCCAGUGCAGCAGCAACUUUGGGUUCGACCCAUAGCACUGAUUACUUUAUGUCAAAGCACGCGGUGCUUGGACUUGUUCAAUUAGCGAGCAGGCAGCUAGGGGAGCAUGGGAUUAGAGUGAACUGCGUAUCGCCCUUUAUAGUUGCGACUCCUUUGGCAUGUAGUAAAAUCGGAAUGGACGCAGAGUAG